AUGGCUUUUUUCCCCGGGGUUGAAGGAAGUAGUGUAAUUGCAGUUCUCCACACAUUCUCCAUUGUCCUUCUGGUUUUUGUGAUUGCCAUUACAGUUAUAAAAACACUUCCUCGGAUGAUUAGUGGAAGGAAGAGCAAGAGCAGAGGGAUGGUUGGGAAGAGAAUAGACAAGUCGUUUGCAAAGACAGAGUCGAAAAUCAAGAGAAGCUAG